UCUUUAAUGAAAGCGUUUUAAAAGGGGGUUACUUUUCCCCUCCCCUCAACCGAAGUCGUCCCGGGUGCGGUGAGGAUUUCCGGAGAAGAUGGGGAGAAAAAAGAUCCAGAUCCAGCGGAUCACGGACGAGCGCAACCGGCAGGUGACCUUCACCAAGCGCAAGUUCGGCUUGAUGAAGAAAGCCUACGAGCUGAGCGUCCUCUGCGACUGCGAGAUCGCCCUGAUCAUCUUCAACCACUCCAACAAGCUGUUCCAGUAUGCCAGCACCGACAUGGACAAGGUGCUGCUCAAGUACACCGAGUACAACGAGCCCCACGAGAGCCGGACCAACGCAGACAUCAUCGAGACGUUAAGAAAGAAAGGUUUUAACGGCUGUGACAGCCCGGAGCCCGACGGCGAUGACUCCAUAGACCAGAGCCCCUUGAUGGAGGAUAAAUACCGUAAAGGCAGCGAGGAUCUGGAUAUCCUGUUCAAGCGAUACGGUUCCGCAGUGCCCGCUCCGAACUUCGCCAUGCCCGUGACGGUGCCGGUGACCAACCAAAACACGCUGCAGUUCAGCAACCCGGGCAGCUCGCUGGUGACCCAGUCCCUGGUGACCUCCUCGCUGACGGACCCCCGGCUCCUUUCGCCGCAGCAGCCGGCGCUGCAGAGAAACACCGUGUCCCCGGGGCUGCCGCAGAGGCCGGCCAGCGCAGGGGCGAUGCUUGGGGGAGACCUGAACAACACGAACGGAGCCUGCCCGAGCCCCGUGGGAAAUGGCUACGUGAGUGCCAGAGCCUCUCCGGGUCUCCUUCCCGUGUCCAACGGCAGCAGCUUGGGCAAGAUCAUCCCGGCCAAGUCCCCGCCACCGCCCUCCCACAGCACGCAGCUCGCCACCAACAGCCGCAAGCCGGAUUUACGCGUGAUCACCUCGCAGAGCGGGAAGGGGCUAAUGCACCAUUUGACGGAGGACCACUUGGCUCUGCAGAACACGCAGCGGUUAGGUGUCUCCCAAGCAACUCACUCUUUAACCACACCGGUUGUUUCUGUGGCUACUCCGAGUUUGCUGACGCAGGGGCUGCCGUUCUCUGCCAUGCCCACAGCCUACAACACAGACUAUCAGCUGACGAGCGCUGAGUUGUCUUCGCUGCCAGCGUUCAGCUCACCCGGCGGGCUGUCCCUUGGCAACAUCUCUGCCUGGCAGCAGCAGCAGCAGCAGCAGCAGCAACAGCAGCAACAGCAGCAGCAACAGCAGCAGCAGCAGCAGCAGCAGCAACAGCAGCAGCAGCAGCAGCAGCAGCAGCAGCAGCAGCAGCACCUGGUUCCCGUAUCGCUAGGAAAUUUAAUACAAGGGAGUCACUUGUCCCACACCACCACUUUGACUGUCAACACCAACCCCAACAUCAGCAUCAAGUCGGAGCCCGUCUCGCCCAACCGGGAAAGAAACACUGCCACCCCGCUCAGCACCUUCCCCCACCAGCCCCGGCACGAGCCCACCGGCCGCUCGCCCGUCGACAGCCUCAGCAGCAACACCAGCUCCUACGAAGGCAGCAGCGAGCGGGACGAUCCCGCCCGCCCCGAUUUCGGCUCAUCCCUGGGCCUCCUGCGACCCACCAGCGAGCCCGAGGGGGAGAGCCCCUCCGUAAAGCGCAUGCGGUUGGAUACCUGGGUCACAUAACGGGUCCCCGCCGUCCCUGGG